GUUAGUUUUUAAAUCAUGGUAAAUGACAGUGCUAACACAUUUUUAUUUGUUAUAAUAGAGCACUCUACAAACCAAUAACCUAACAACCUAACCUUAAUUAUAACAGACCAAAAUUCAUUUCUUAUCUUAUCCUACUCAAAAUUGUGGUAUCAAUAUAAAAUUGGACGGGAACCAAAUGUCUAUGGAAAAAUUAUGACGAAAGUUGACUGUACACUUACGGAAUUUUUUCGGGGGAACUAAUUAUCCAUUUACAUAGAUAUUGAGACAUUGUGAUUUAAAAGUUUAACUCUAAUUAUUAUCAUUGACAAAAUAAAGUUUAAAAAAAAAUGAAUUGAUAAAAGUGAUAACAGUUGGUAGUUAUUUAAGAGAAAAGACUAGGUUUCCGGAAAAAAUUAUUCCCGUGAUUUGUUCCAUGUAAAUCAUCCGGUAUCUGAUAAGUGACAACCAUAUGUUCCGAAGGUCGAGGUUGUUUUUUUCGCACAUUCCUUUUUGGUGAGGCGUGUUUUCGUGGAAAUAUGUUGUUCGACCGUCUAAAGUGAAAAAGUUUAAUUGUAUCUACGGCUUGAUUGAGAAUUUUAUUAAUUUUUUUCCGUUUUUAUUAGUCACAACGUUGAUGCCUACAGUCCGCGUUGCAGUGUUUAAUUAAUGUUGCAAGUAGUCGGUUGUAGCCAUACCUACGUAUUUUUUUUUUUUUUUUGUUAGUAGCAAUUCGUUGACGUCUCAUUUCAACACAAUGUACAUAGAUAUAAACGUAUGUAAUGCACUUGUAUUUUCACAUAUUAACACACUGUAAUAUUGAUAUCAAAUAUUAUAAUCGUAUCUUUAGGCUAUAUUUCCAGCCUACCUAAUUCAUUCUGUAGUCAUAUCUUAAAUUAUCAUUAAGACGUGUCACCAUGGAUGACAAUAGCGCUGAUCAAAAAGUUAAUGAUGCACAGUCUGACUUAAAACAAAAUUGUGUUGAAAACACUAAUUCUCUACCACCUACCACCGAUAACUGUGUAGCUAAAAAGACCUCGUUUGAGAUAACUAGCAUCACAGAACCAAACCAUAUUGAUGACAACGAUGAAGACUCACCAGACACUGAUUCACAUGUACAUGAUCAUAGGACAGAUAACAGACAUGAUGUUGAUUUGCAAAAUUAUGCUGAUAAUAUAGUUGUAUAUAACACUUCCAAUGAUUUAGCUAGUUCUGCACCAGUUAUACCGACUAGCUCUCAAUAUGGCCUAGCUAUAGUUGAUAAUUCUGAUGGAAGUCAUUCUUUAGGUUCUAUAAAAAGUGAAGAUAUGCAUGGUGUAGAUCCUAGUUUACAAAAGAAUGAUUGCGAUUUAAAUGGUCUUCAAAAUAAAAAUAGAAACGAAAGAUUCAAAGUGGUGAAAAUUGAGAGUACAGAACCCUUUAAGCGUGGCCGUUGGGUGUGUAUGGACUUUUUAGACCAUUCCAUGAACCAGCAACAACCAGGAAAUAACAAAAUAAUAAUGGUAAAUGGUGAUAAUAAAGAUUAUUCUCAAACAAAUAACAUCGAUACAGCCGAGUCGUUGGACAAUGGCCAUCAUGAAUGUUCAGAGUUCAGGGUUAGUACUAAUAAUGUCAGUACUUAUACCACAAAUUGCAAUACCUCUGAUAAUUAUAAAAAUCAGACAUCAACCUACAAUAUUGUAUCAUCUGGUGUUACUACUCCUAUUCAUAGUGCUUGUGUAUCCCCUGGUCAGAGUUUACAAACUAAUAUGCAAGUUCCAAUUUUAGCAAAUCAAUCAAUUGCAACUUCUGUACAGGCAUCUCCACAGCCACAAAGUCUAACUCAAGUUCAAUUGUCAGCACAACAUAAUAUUAAUCAAAGUUGCAUGCCACACUCCAGCUUACAGUCUCAUCAAUUACAACAAGUAAUUGCCAAUGCCGGAAUAAUGCAACCUCAGUUACAACAAACCCAACCUGCUGUUAUUAAUGUUAUGCAAAAUCAAAAUCCUUCAAUACAACCACAAAAUCUACAGCAUUUGAAUUCUGUGGACCAGCAUGGCACUCAAACAAUACCACAACAAUAUCAACAGCCUAUGUCACAGGCAAAUUUACAGCAACAAAUUAUGCAACAUAAUAUGUCAGCACAGUUUCAAAAAUCAUUUGUAUCACAAAAUCAAUCCGGUUUACCCAACUGUGCACCAUUACAACAAUCAGUCAACCAAAUGAUAAAUCAACAAGUUCCUCAAUAUAAUAUUAACUAUAAUAGUUCACCUCCAGUUCAGUCCCAAAAUACGUCUGAAUCUUCAACUACAGUCCCAAUGUCCAAUCAACACAUUAGUCAACAACAAUUUCAGUCAAUUCCUAUACAAAACCAUGUGCAAUUACAGCAGAACCAACAACAAAUGACAGCUCCUGUACAACAAAUUCAACAACAGCAGCCUAGUCCACAGCAAACUAUGGUGCAACAAAAUCAAAUGCAACCUCAAAUAGUUCAGCAAAAUCAAUCAUUGUCUCAUCAGCCAUCCAUUUCUCAGCCUAGUCAACCACAACAAACUCAAUCUGUUCCUCAACAAACUCAACAAAUGUCUCAGCAACAUAUCCAACAGCCUCAACAAACACCACAACCUCAACAAUCGUGUGUCCAGCAAGUAUCUUCAUCACAGCAACAGCAACAACCACAGCAAAUGCAACAGGUUGGACAACAAAUACAAGGACCACAAGGUUCUCAAAUACAGCAGCAAUUACCUCCACAGACACAUCAUAUCAAUCAACUGUCUCAAAUGACCAAUCAAACACAACAAAUGCCCCAAUCAAAUCAAAUGCAACAAAUAGGUCAACAAAGUCAGCAAAUAACACAGCAACCCCAACAGAUUAAUUUACAAACUCAACAAAUACCACAACAAACACAAUUACAACAUCCUAAACAAAUGCAAGCCACUCAAAUUCAAUCUCAACCUCAGCAAAUUAACCAACAACAAAUUCCUCAACAACAACAGAUUGGCCAAAUUACAAACCAGAAUCAAAUGAUACAUCAAAAUAAUCAGCAAUUAACUCAUACAGGACAAAUGAUUUCUCAACAAACCCAUAAUCAAGGUCAACAGUUAAAUCAACAAAAUCAACAACAGCAGCAGCAGCAACAACAACAACAACAACAACAACAACAACCUCAACAGCAAAUACAGCAGCAAUUAGCCCAAACUAGCCAGCCUGGUCAGUCAAUGACUCAACAAAUUCUACAACCAAAUCAAAGUAUGCCGCAACAAAAUCAAGUGUUAACACAGCAGCAGUUGGGAAUAAAUCAACCUAAUUCACAAAUGUCUGUUUCACAAUCUCAAAACCAACAAGUCAUUCAAUCACAACAGCCACAACAUAUGCAACAACCUGGGCAGCAAUAUCAACAACCACAGCAGAUGAUGCAACCUCAACCACAACAACUACCAAUACCUAACCAGCCUAUCAUGCCACCAGCUUAUUCACAGGCACAAACAUUAAACGCCAUGCAACUUCAUCAGGCUGUGAUGCAAAUUCCAACCAAUGCUGUUACAUCUACCCAAAUGCAUAUACAACAGCAACAACCAGUGGUUCAAUCCAAUAUAAUGCAACCUCCUCAAAUGAAUGUUAUGCCACAAAAUAACAUUCAACCCGCCAUUCCUAUGUCACAACAACAAAUGACAUACUCCUUGCAACAACAUGUACCUAUUAACCAAAACUAUGUUAACAAUAUGCAAAGUUGCUACAUUCCAUCACCACAACACAUGACUUCAUACAAGCCUGAAAUGAAAGCUGUAGAAACCGUUAACAAAAAAAAGGAAGACAAUAGUGAAGAAAUAGAAAAUGGAACUACUAAUAACUCCACUACUACAGUUGCUAUUGAUAAUAAAAUUGAACAAGCUAUGGAUUUAGUCAAAAGUCAUCUAAUGUAUGCAGUGCGUGAAGAAGUAGAAUUAUUGAAAGAAAAAAUUGCAGUGCUAAUGGAUAAAGUCGGAUUACUGGAAACAGAAAAUUCUAAUCUUAGAAUGCUCGUGCCACCAGAUAUGUUAGAGCAGUACAAUCGUGAUAAACAAAAACCUACCAAUAGUCAGUCAGCUCAUAACCAAUAGAAUUUAAUUUUAACUGUUUGGUAAUUUAUAGGUAUAUAUUUAUAUAUUGCUUUACCAACGUUUUAGUUUAAAUAAUAUAAAAACAGUGAUGUGUACAGAAUGUUAACUUUUUAGUUUGAUUUGUAAAAUGUAUUAUUAUUAAGACUUUGAAUUUAAUGAUUAAAUGUAUAUAGCUAAUUAUGUUAAAUAUAGCUAUAUACUUUUAAUUAUAAUUGAAUAUAACAUUUCAAAAUGAAUGGCUCAAUGUUGUAAAGAAUAUUCAAAUUUUGAUAUUAUAUCAAAGAAUACGUUAAUUAUUUAAAAUUAUGAAAUGGAGUUAGGACAUUUUAUUUGUAUUAAUUUAUAAUUUUCAUAAAAAAUUCAUUUUCUUUUUCCAUAUGUUUAUUUGUUAAGACUGUUAUAAUUAAAAACAAUUUCAAAGUAUAAAUCAAAUAAUGAUUCAUUUUUUUAUUGGUAUACGAGGUGCAUAAAGUUACUAAUGGCUUUGCUUUGUGAUGUGCAAUUGUUUACAAAGAGUAAACAGUAUUUAAAAAAGAUAAUAAUAAUUAACUGAAUUUAAAUUCAGUUGAUUUAGAUUUUUUUCUCUUUAUAUGAUACCUGUUUUACUUUAAGGUGUAUUAGAUACAGAUAAAUAAUAUUAAUAAUUAUUAUACAAUCAACAUUUUUUUUUUUUUGUUCAAUAUAAAAGACAUCUUAAAGUUAUAUAAUAUAAGUUAUAAUUUAUUUUUUUAAUUUUAAAAUUAAUAAACAACACAUCAAAUAUGGAUAAUUUAAAUUUGUACAUAAUAAAUACAUAUUAUGCAUAAAUACCGUAUUAUGUUCAGGAUUUGAAAUUACUUUUUAAAUAAAAACCACUAAACACAAUUUUACUCGUUGACAACAAUUUUGCAGAGUAAUAUUUACUAGUAGUUUUUAGUUUAGAUACUAAAAAAUUACCUUUUUAAUAAAUUUAUAUUACUCGUAUUAAUCAAGGUAUAUCUAGAAAUGUUAUAUUUAAAUAAAAGUAUGCAACUGUUAUUUUAUAUAAAAUCUAUAGUUUUUAAGUAUAAAUACACCUAUUUAAGUAUACUAAUAUAGCAAUACACAAAUUUACAAUUUUUCAGUAUUUAAAAAAAAAAAUGUUUGUUAAUGCUAAAUAUAUUAAUUUUUAUUCUUUACGUGUAUAUUGUUGAAAAUUAAUUAAAUCUGUUAAAUUAUUUAAUCAUAUUUUAAAAUAUAAAAAAUUGACUAGGAGGUACCUAUUAAGACUAUAGUUGAUAUUAAUACUGUAUUGCUAUUUAUAAUUGGUGUAUAAUAAUUUCUUUAGUACUAGCAUUUUUAUUUUUUAAAAAAAUAUUGUUAUACAAACUUACAACACUCAUCACUCCAUGUAUAAGAUAAAACUGUUAAUUUAUACUUAAUAUGUACUUUAUUAUUAAAAUAUAUUAUGUAAUUUAAAUUUAAAACUGAAUGUGUAUUAUUACAUUAAUGAUGAAUUUUAUUUUUAUUUAAGCUUCAUUGUUAUUUUGAAUUAUAUUUUUACUAGUUUGCUAAAUAAUGUGAAAAAGUUGUAUAUAUAUGAGUAUAUAUUUUGUUUGUCUCCAAUACUACUUGUGAUAGUUUCAAAUAUAAAAAAAAAGUUGAUAAGGCUUGUGAAUGUAUAUUAUAAAUUAUAAUGUAUUCUUCUUUUUAUACUCCUACUAGAAAAUAUAUUAUUAUAAUAAAUAAUUAAUCAAUGGCAAAAAA